AUGCUGCCCCCGCAGCUGGAGGCUCACCUGCCAGGGCCACUCGCCGGGCUGGGCGGCCGUGCCCCCCACCACGCGGCCCAGCUCCCGCUGCUGCCCGCACUCGAGCUCUGCGUCCCAGCACCCGUCAGGGGGACACCCGCCCGGCGUUGCGUCACCCCCCCCCCCCCCCCCCAACCCCGAUUUCGCUGUCCCCGGGGGGGUUGUUGCGACACCGGGCCAGGAAAAGUUGCACCAGCGCUGUGGGGUUGGGUGCUCGGGGUGCCCGGAUGCUUAAUUCCCCCCCCCCCCCCCACCUCGUGUAAGGAUGGCACCCUUGGGUGCUCCCCCACCCCCCAAAAAUGGCACCGGGAUAUUUGGGUGCCCCCCCCCCCCCCCUUCAAGGAUGGCGCCCGGGUCCCGUGGGUGACACAGGGAGCCCCGCACCCAGGUCGUGUUGUGUCCCCCUCCCCCCCCGCCCCCAAAAAUGGGGCCCCUCUUCCAAGUGGGGAGGGCAGGGAAAGGGGAGUGGCCAAUGGGAAAGGGCAGGGUCCUCAUGAAUAUGCAAGAGCUCAUUUGCAUGCGGCUUACCUGCUGCGGAGGGAGCCGCUGCAGCCGAAAUUUCAUCUGGCGCUAGCAGCAGGAGGAGGAGGAGGAGGGUGGCGGCGUGUCGAGGCGUGUCGAAGCGUGUCGAGGCGUGUCGAGGCAUGGCGGCCCCCCCCGGGGGUGACCCGCGUGCCGCUGUGGCCGCCUGUCCUGUCCCGUGGCCGUCUGUCCCGUCCCGUGGCCGUCCCGGGGCCGUCUGUCCCCGUCCCGGGCACGGAUCCGGUUUUAACGCCUGCCGGUGGAGGAAGGGGAAAAGGGGGGGGGGGGGGGGGGAAGGAAAAGAGGGGGGGUGAGUGUGUGUUGGGGUGCCCGGGGGGGGCAUUACUCACCCCCCCCAACACUUUGACACGCCCGGCGUGGGAGGGGAGUGGUUGUCCGGUGUCCCUUCCCACCCCCAGAACAAGGGGAGCCGGGUUUUGGGGUGUCCCCCCCCAAAAAAGGGGACCCAGAUGUGCCCUUUUCAAGGGAUAAAGGGAUUGGGGUGUGCCCCCCCUCCCAAAAGGGACUCAGGUACUGGGGGUGUCCCCCCAAAACCCCCCAAAAAGGGGACCCAGGUAUUGGGGUGCCCCCCCGAACCCCCCAAAAGGGGACCCGGGUUUUGGGGUGUCCCCCCCAAAGGGGGACCCAGAUGUCCCCUUUCAAGGGACCCAAUUAUUGGGGUGUCCUCCCUAAAACCCCCAAAAGGGGACCCAGGUAUUGGGGUCCCCCCCUUAAAGCCCCCCCAAAAUGGGACCCAGGUGCGACCCCCCCCAAGAGACCCAAUUAUUGGGGUCCCCACCCCAAAAAAGGGACCCAGGACUUGGGG